GGCACCGAGCUCCUGGGAGAGAUCAAGGCGGCCUGGAAACGGCGAAGGGUACCCCGGAGGGUCUCCUACCGUCCAUGCACAGGGCGCCCUCCCCUCCAGCUGAGCAGCCGCCGGGCGGAGGGGACAGCGCCCGCCGGACUCCGCAGCCCCGAGCCAAGCCCAGUACUCCAACCAUGGCACUGCCCCGGACACUGGGGGAGCUACAGCUGUACCGGGUCCUGCAGCGGGCCAACCUCUUGUCCUACUAUGAGACCUUCAUCCAGCAGGGGGGGGACGACGUUCAGCAGCUGUGUGAGGCAGGGGAAGAAGAAUUCCUGGAGAUCAUGGCGUUGGUGGGCAUGGCCACCAAGCCUCUCCAUGUCCGGCGCUUACAGAAGGCAUUAAGGGAGUGGGCCACCAACCCAGGGCUCUUCAGUCAGCCUGUGCCCGCAGUGCCCGUCUCCAGCAUCCCUCUCUUUAAGAUCUCCGAAACAGCAGGUGGCCGCAAAGGAAGCAUAAGCAAUGGACAUGGAAGCCCAGGAGACAAGGCAGGCAGUGCUCGAAGCUUCAGCCCCAAGAGUCCACUGGAACUGGGAGAGAAGCUCUCUCCCUUGCCAGGGGGCCAGGGAGGCGGAGAUCCUCGAGUCUGGGCAGGGGGGAGCACCCCCGAGUCGGACGUUGGUGCUGGUGGAGAGGAAGAGGCCAGCUCGCCUCCUUUCUCCCCGCCUGCUGGGGGUGGGGUGUCAGAAGGGCCUGGAUCCGGUGGGGUGGGGGGUGGUUCCGAUCGGCUCGAACCAGAGAUGGUCCGAAUGGUGAUCGAGAGUGUGGAGCGACUCAUCAGGAGCUUCCCUCGGGGAGAUGCAGGGGAGGUGACGUCCCUCCUCAAGCUCAAUAAGAAGCUGGCUAGAAGUGUGGGGCACAUCUUUGAGAUGGAUGACAAUGACAGCCAUAAAGAAGAGGAAAUCCGGAAAUACAGCAUUAUCUAUGGACGCUUUGACUCCAAGCGCAGGGAGGGCAAACAACUCAGCUUGCAUGAGUUGACCAUCAAUGAGGCAGCUGCCCAGUUCUGCAUGAGAGACAACACGCUCCUACUCCGGAGAGUGGAGCUCUUCUCCCUGUCUCGGCAGGUGGCCAGGGAGAGUACCUACCUCUCCUCUCUCAAGGGCUCCAGGUUACAUACUGAAGAGAUGGGAGGGCCACCUUUGAAGAAACUGAAGCAGGAGGUUGGGGAGCAGAGUCACUCUGAAAUUCUGCAGCCGCCCCCAGGACCCGAGUCCUUCGGCCCGCUGUACCGCCCCAGCUUGGAGGAAGACAGUGCCAGCCUGUCUGGGGAGAGUCUGGAUGGCCACUUACAAGCUGUGGGGUGCCCCAGGCUGACACCUCCCCCUGCUGACCUGCCCCUGGCACUACCCGCCCAUGGGUUGUGGAGCCGCCACAUCCUGCAGCAGACACUGAUGGACGAGGGGCUGCGGCUUGCCCGCCUUGUCUCCCACGACCGUGUGGGCAGGCUCAGCCCUUGUCUGCCUGCGAAGCCACCCCUCGCAG